UGGGGUGGGGGCGGGACCUGGCCAGGCGCCGGGACCGGAGGAGUCCCGGCGGCGCCUGGGACUUUUGCUCCCACAAGUCCUGCCUCGGAGGCGGGGGAGCUGGACCAGGAGCCGCCCGGAGCCUCUGAGUCGUCGCCGUCGGGGCUCCUGCGCUCCCCAGAACGGUGGGACGCGGGGCUCCGCAGCCGCCAACCGAACAUGGCGCCCUGGACGCUGUGGCGCUGCUGCCAGCGCGUCGUGGGCUGGGUGCCAGUGCUCUUCAUCACCUUCGUGGUCGUCUGGUCCUACUACGCGUACGUGGUGGAGCUGUGCGUGUUUACUAUCUUUGGAAAUGAAGAAAAUGGAAAGACCGUUGUUUACCUUGUGGCUUUCCAUCUGUUCUUUGUUAUGUUUGUAUGGUCCUAUUGGAUGACAAUUUUCACAUCUCCCGCUUCCCCCUCCAAAGAGUUCUAUUUAUCCAAUUCUGAAAAGGAACGUUAUGAAAAAGAAUUCAGCCAAGAAAGACAACAAGACAUUUUGAGAAGAGCAGCAAGAGCUUUACCUAUCUAUACCACAUCAGCUUCAAAAACUAUCAGAUAUUGUGAAAAAUGUCAGCUGAUUAAACCUGAUCGGGCGCAUCACUGCUCAGCAUGUGACACAUGUGUUCUUAAGAUGGAUCAUCAUUGUCCUUGGGUGAAUAACUGUGUGGGAUUUUCUAAUUACAAAUUCUUCCUGCUAUUUUUAUUAUAUUCUCUAUUAUAUUGCCUUUUCGUGGCUGCAACAGUUUUAGAGUACUUUAUAAAAUUUUGGACGCUUUGCCACAGGAAAUCUACAGAGAGUUGUCCAAAGAAUGAACUGACAGAUACACGUGCAAAAUUCCACGUCCUUUUUCUUUUCUUUGUGUCUGCAAUGUUCUUCAUUAGCGUCCUCUCACUUUUCAGCUACCACUGCUGGCUGGUUGGAAAAAAUAGAACAACAAUAGAAUCGUUCCGCGCACCCACAUUUUCAUAUGGACCUGAUGGAAAUGGUUUCUCUCUUGGAUACAGUAAAAAUUGGAGACAAGUCUUUGGUGAUGAAAAGAAAUAUUGGCUACUUCCAAUAUUUUCAAGCUUGGGUGAUGGUUGCAGUUUUCCAACUCGCCUUGUGGGGAUGGAUCCAGAACAAGCUUUUGUUACAAACCAGAAUGAGUAUGCCAGAAGUAGUGGCUCAAAUCAGCCUUUUCCUAUCAAACCACUUAGUGAAUCAAAAAACCGCUUGUUGGACAGCGAAUCUCAGUGGCUAGAGAAUGGAGCUGAAGAAGGCAUCGUCAGAUCAGGGACAAAUAACCAUGUAACAAUGGCAAUAGAAAAUUGAGUACCACUUGUUCAUAACUAACCAUUUGAAUAAGAGCAAGGUGUAUGAAAACAUUUAUAGACUGAUAUUUUCGAUUUAAUUUGUAAGAAAAUGAUCAGUGGAAUGAAAUAAUUGAAGUAUAACAGAAGAUAUAUUUUUAAAAAAAGAAAGCCUUUGUACAGUUCCUGGGAUUCACAGAAGCGCUACUCCAGAGCAGAACGAUGCCUUAAUCUUAAGUGUCCAUUUGUGCAGCAUUGACCUAGAGCUACAAAAGUGACUUAAUGUUAUUCUGGAAAUAAUACUUACCUGUUAUGAGAUGCCAUAAUAUGAGCUGUCAUCACAUUUUAACAUGCAUAUGUAUUUUUUGAUACCUGAAUUACAUUAUUAGAAUUGUUAGUAUCCAUAUAAAUUUUCACUCUGAAAACACAAGCUUAAAAACUUGUCUUAAGUAAAGUACAUCUAGGGCAAAUGGUGGCUGAGGGCGAAUAAUAUCCAAAUUACUGUUGCUUGUACUGUAUAAGGAAAACUGCUUUUUUAAAUUCGGUAUUUGCUAAUUUAUAAUUACUAUUUUAUACUUUUCAACAUUUUAAUAACUUUUUUUAUUGUUGGCUAUAACAGAAGGAUUCAGAUAUCUAAAUCUCAUUUAGAACAUACAACACAUUGGUCUAACUCAUCAAAAGCUUAGUUAUAAGCAUUAAUACAACCAUGUAGUGUAGCAUGUGCUCAAGGCUUAAAGGGAACUUGGCAGUAUAAGAAAUAUUUUGAGUUCUCUGCUUUUUUUAAUAACUUUUUUUGUUGACCUUUCAGGGGUAAGUACAUGGGCAGAGAAAUGCAAAGGUACGUAUGCUGGAGAAAUACUGGACACAGUAAGAAGUGUAAGUGUCCAGAAGAAAAGCUAAGAGGAAUAUUGUAAUCUGUUAAAAAAAAUAGUUUGAGUUUUAACAGUAGUUACAAUAAAGCAUGCUGUUGACGUGACUUUCAAAUUUCAGUACUAAAAAUGCAUCUUUUUAUGGUAAUCAUGUAACAGCUUAAACAGUGACUUAAAAUGCAAUUCAAAGUAGGCAAAAAACAGCUACAACUUGAGAUUAAUUUUUCCUCCUGGCUGUCACAAAUUCUAACCUGAGUGAUCAUUUUACAUUCCUAGUCUCUGAGAAGCAGAUUCUACUCUUAGAUGCGCAAUCUUAAGUCUGACUUACUAACAGCAACCCCUUUCUGACUAGACACGUCUUCUUUUUUUUUUUUUUUUUAAUCUAAGUGACAGGAGUUGUUGCAUUAACUCCAAAGAAAAG